AUGGCGCCGCCGCCGCCUCCCGCCUUUAUAGGCGCUGUGCCCGGGCCACGCCCCCACGCUCUCCGGAGCGCGGCGCGCGAGUGGGCGGGGCCGCGGAGCCCCCGGAAACGCAGGCGUGCCCGCCCCUCUCGGCGUCUGAUUGCGGGCGCCCCUCCCCUGGCUGGUUCGGGGCGACUACAGAGCCCCCAGAUAUUUGCGGGAGGGGUCCCAGAGCCCCCCACAGGGCACGAUUACCUGCAGGAGUCACCCCGCCAGGACCGGGCCUCGCCCGCCGCGGGCAGGAGGGCCGCUCCCCGCGCUGACGUGCGGGAGCGCGGUCUCUGCCGGCCUGACUCUUGGACGUACCCGGAAAAUGCGGUUUCUUGCAGGUGCUCCAGGGGGCCACCGCAGCUGGGCUUGCUGGGGAGCAAGACAGAAAUCAGGCUGUCGGAGUCUGUGAGAGGCGAGGAACCCCCCGACCGCAGGGUGGGAAAGAGGCGUAUCAGGGAGGGCCUCUUGGAGGUGGUGAGGGCUGAGCUGCUGCUCCGGAUCCCAGGCCUCUCAGACGUCUCCAUGGCGACGAGGGCCUUGCAGGAGCUGGACGGAGGCCUGGGCAGCUGCCAGGCAGGCGAGGACCUCUCCACGCUGGCUGACCCCGGGCCUGCCCCGCCCCCCGAGGACAGAGUUCCAGCGAUGCCCAGGCUGGCCGAGGCUAGCAGCUGGCCCCACGAUUCUCAAGAGCCAGCAGCCGAGGGCAGCCCCGCAGGCAGUGUGGAUGCCAGGCCCAACAAGACAGAAAAGGAGCCUGUGACCAAAGUGGCCCUAGGAGCCGGGAAAGAAAGGCUGAAAGCUGGAGCAACGCCUCGGAGCCCGGCUCGCAAGAAGGCGCAGGCUGCCCCGCCCCCGCAGCGGCCGCCGCCGCCCCCGAUCCCGGCCCCCAGCGAGGAGCUGCCCUGGGGAGACCUGUCCCUCAACAAGUGCCUGGUGCUCGCCUCGCUCCUGGCGCUGCUGGGUUCCGCCUUCCAGCUGUGCCGCGAUGCUGUGUCUGGGGAGGCAGAUGCCCCUGCACCUGUCCCUGAGCCGUGGGCACCGCCCAGCUCGGCCCCGGAGCCAGCGUCGCCCCCGCCCCCGCCGAGGCCCGAGGCCUGGGUCCCCCCAUCUGGACCGCCCGCGCCCCCGGUGAAGGCGGAGAAGGCCGCUGGGGAAAAGCGCGCGCCCGAGGAGGCGCCUCGGGAGGAGAGGCGUCGGAAGGAGAAGCCGCCGAAGGAGCCGAGGCUGCCGAAGGAGAGGCCGCGGAGGGAGGAGAAGCCACGGGCCGCCAGGGAACCCGGAGGAGCCCUCCCGCGGCGCUGGGCGGCCCGUGAAGCGGGCCAUCGGCAUCGGGCGCAGGACCCUGGAGACCCCGGGCACAGGAAGAGGCAGGCCUGGGGCUCCCCGCGGCGCCUGGACGAGGACCGGCCUCCGGGCCGCCGGAAGCAGCGGGCUGGCAAAGGGCGAGACUGA